GGGAAACCUUUGUUUUUGCAGCGGGGCCAUGGCCGGGGCCGGGAGCGCAGCGCUGAGGCUGCUCCAGCCCUGCAGCCCGCGGGGCAGCGCGAAGGUACCACAAAAGCAUCUGGCCCCUCUGGGAAAAGAGAGAGAAGCAGCCAAAGCCGAGGAGGAGUGGCAAAGUGAGAAGCUGCUGAAACAGACGGAAGCCGAGAGGCAGAAGAUCGUCUGGGAGUGGAAGGAGCUGCGAGGGUUUCUGGAGGAGCAGGAGCAGCGGCUGCUGUCCUGGCUGGAAGAGCUAGAGAGAGCCAUUGUCCAGAGAAGGGAUGAGGGCAUCUGCAGCCUGUCCUGGGAGAUUUCCCUGCUCAGUGAGAGGGGAGGAAAGAAGGGGCAGCAGCCGCUGAGCCAACCCCUGCAGGGUGCUGGGAGCACUGGGGGCAGCAGGGAGGACAGGAUGUUUCAGAAGCCGGAGCUGGAGUUUGCAGAGCUGGAGAAGAGACUCAGUGAUUUCUCUCUGAAAAGUGCCAUGCUGCAGGAGGUGCUGCUGGGAUUCAAAGAGACGCUGCGACUAGAGCUGUGGAGCAACACAGCAGAGCUAGAAUUAUUGAAAGGCGUUGCACCGGAGAGUAAAGGCACAGAGGCAGUGGCUUGUGGGGAACAGGGAGGCAGAGUAACACCCACCUUUGGCUCCAGAUUGUCCCAGCCUCCCACAGGACAGGGAAGGGAACUGGCUGUAGUGGAGCCAGUCCAGGGGCCGGUGACCUUCGAGGAGGUGGCUGUGUAUUUCACCAGGGAUGAGUGGGCGCUGCUGGACCCCCGUCAAAGAGCCCUCUGCAGAGAUGUCAUACAGGAGAACUAUGAGAAUGUGACCUCGCUGGCAGGUGAUGCAAUGGUAUGUGACAAAGAGGAGCAGAAUUCUCAGAAGGAAAACGUUGAGCAAGUGGAUAAACACAGAGCAUUAUCGCAUAGAUCAAAAAGGAAUGUGUCCAGGAAUCAUGAGCAGGAAAACUCCUGUGAGAUUCAGCACAGUCCAGAAAGAGAGCUGGGAAACCAUCCAAGGGAGAAAGUGGGUAAAUGUAUUUCCUGUCGGGGAACUCAGAAGGACAUCAAGGAAACCACAACACAGCAGGAAAUCCUCAUGGGAAAGAGAAAAAAUACAUGCACUGAGGGUGGAAAAAAUUUAUGUGACUCCUCAGUCCUUAUAAAGCAUCAGAGAAUCCCCACAGGUGAGAGGCCCUUUGAAUGCAGUGAGUGUGGGAAAAGCUUCAGUUGCAGCUCGCACCUUAUUAGGCAUCAGAGAAUCCACACAGGAGAGCGGCCCUAUGCAUGCAGUGAGUGUGGGAAAUGCUUUGCUAAGAACUCAGCCCUUUCUGAACAUCAGAGAAUCCACACAGGGGAGAGACCCUAUGAAUGCAGUGAGUGUGGGAAAAACUUCACUCACAGUUCAGGCUUUUUUCACCAUCAGAGAAUCCACACAGGGGAGAGGCCCUAUGAAUGCAGUAAUUGUGGGAAAAGCUUCAAUCGCAGUUCGAACCUUAUCAGGCAUCAGAGAAUACACACAGGAGAGAGGCCCUACAAAUGCAAUGAGUGUAGGAAAAGCUUCACUAGCAGCUCAGCCCUUUCUGAACAUCAGAGAAUCCACACAGGGGAGAGGCCCUAUGAAUGCAGUAAGUGUGGGAAAACCUUCUCUUGGCACUCAACCCAUCUUAGCCAUCAGAGAAUCUGCAAGGGAGAUCAACUCCAUAAAAACCUCUAGGGCAGUAGUCCCCAACCUUUUUCAUCUGGCAGGUGCCAGACAAUGAGCCACAGAGGACUGUGAUGGCGGACGAGCAUCCGCCGAAAUUCUGCCGACAAGCGGCAAUGUCAAUAGGUGUCACCCCUGACAAGCAGCGUCAUCCAGAGGUGCCGCCGCCGAAAUACCGUCGAAAAUUGGUGGCAUUUCGGCAGCGAUGCCUCUGUAUGACAUGGCUUGUUGGCGGCAUUUCGGCAGAUGCUUGUCUGCCAGCCAGUACGCGGGCACUAUGGCUCCCGUAGGCACCGUGUGGGGACCCCUGCUCUAUGGCUAUCAAUACUUUUUCUCUUUAAUAAUUUUCCUGAUUCCCACAUAGUAACUUUUAAAGCUUUUUGAACUGUUUGCUGCACCAUUAUCCCUCAGUUUGUCCAGAUGAGUGGCCCAUUUUUGUCUUUUUGCAGUUUGCCCUGUUUUGAGGUGGACCCAUUUGUCCUGUCUAUCAAUUCGAUUGUCUCGUGAGUAAUUCCAGUGUGCCCUUCCUAUCAGGAAACAGGGAGCAUCACAUUUAUACCAUUCAUCCUAUUGCAAAGUUAUUGUUAGAAUCACCAAUGAUUCAGAUUGUAUCAUUGCCAGUUCUCACGUUGCUCUGGGUUGUGCCAAAGAGCAGUUAUAUUGGGAACUUUUCAAAUUAUAUGUAAAUGAAGAGGAGCAGAGGGAGGAAAAAAGUGUUAUUUCAGCCUCUGUGAUACUGGAAGAGUACGGGGUGACUCAGAGAUUCCCUCCUUCCCCAUCACUGCAGAAUUGUUACCUUUUGUCUGACCCAUGUAGAGUUUAUCUUCAUCACAUUCUAUCCAUCCACUUCUCAAAGUGUCAUGUGAUGAAGCUUUCUCCAUUGUCUGCACUUGGAGAUGAUGCUUUGACUUCUUUAAUCCUACAUCAGAGUCGCUAUGACUGGAGAUGAAACUGUCAAAGACCUGGAAGGGGAAUUCAAAUCGAUCCCAAACACAGUGUGAUCAUUUGGAGUUUAAAUCCCAGGUUCCAUCUAUUGAUAAAGCCACUUCAGGCAAGGUGGCUGUUUUGUCCCCCAUUAGGAUACUAAACAUGUUGUAAAUAACAUAACUGACUAUUGAGACAGUGCUGAAUGAAGCAGGUUUGAAUGGAUCAGAGGAUAAUGUGAUGGGAGAAUCUCUUGUUCUGAUUCUGAAUAAUCAGAUGUAACCUGCUCUGGAAUUUCACUUGACACUUCCAUUGUCAUGUAUUCUGUCUCUCUGUGAUGUGGGUUUCUAUCUUUUCUGAAGGCUGUUUGGUCACCCAGUUGGAUAUUAGUUCAGUUUGAUAGGAUGUAGCUCAGAUUUAUUGGAGACUUUAGACAAAUGGCCAUUUGCUAAAGUCGUAAUUUCUCACUUCAGUUUUGCUUUUUCCCCCAUCCCUCUAUUAUGACAUAGAGAAAGUUCAAGUGCAGUUCUGUCAACAGGAGAGAACUCUCCAAUUUACUUGACAUGCUAACAAAGAAACAGCAGUGAUUUAAAAUCUCCAUUCAGAAAUGGUUAACAACAGCAGAACCCCAACUAACUGAAGGAAGUGCAUAUGAUCACAGUAUCAGAGGGGUAGCCGUGUUAGUCUGAAUCUGUAAAAAGCAACAGAGGGUCCUGUGGCACCUUUGAGACUAACAGAAGUACUGGGAGCAUAAGCUUUCGUGGGUAAGAACCUCACUUCUUCAGAUGAUCACAGUGUAGUUCAAUUGUUGAAGUCAAUGUUGUCUCAGAUGAUCUGGGGACAGAAUUCCAUAUUAGGUGAUUUUGAACUAGGCAAAAUGCCCAUGUAUUUGGUUCGCAAAUGAUGUGUAGCCCAGGCCCUACAAAAGAUCUCUCCUAGCUAAUCCUAUGUUAUGGGGAAUGCUGCCCUUCAUGACACAGAUGUUUAGGAAAUAGAAGUGGGAUUUUUGUUAAAUUUAUCCUUUGUAGGUGUUAAAAAUUUGUAUAAAAUCAGUGUUAGAAAUUUAAUAGCUGCAGAAAAAUAAUUAUUUUUGAAUAGAAUCUCCAGCUCUGGUAACAAACGAAGAUUCUGAUCCAGCCCUGUAUCCUGUCCCUUGCCUGGAACUGUGCCACCCAGUUAAAGACAAGCUGGGUAUGUUUUGGGAAGCCAUUCUUCACUAAUACUGCUGAGAU